AUGAAUAACAGCAACCCGGGAAGCAAGCCCGGGUUCAAUCUUAGCGAUUGGCUACGUCCUACACGCUCAGCUGAGAGUAGCGUGGCAUCAAACUGCGUGAGACCAGCAACCAGCAGUCAGGCCACGCGGCGCAAGGCCUCACAUGAGGACAGCGACGAUGAAGACGAUCACCACCCCGCCCUCGACGACACCACUCUCCACUCAGCCCUGGCAGCGCUGAAAGCCGGCAACGAAGCAGCAGCACUGCGUAAAUCGGGGGGGAAGGAUUGUACCCCCAUCCACAUGCCAGCACGACGGGAUCCCCCUCCACAUCUAGAGACACCUCGAGACCCAGCACCUCACCCUCCACUUCAGCAAAGCGUACUCCCCUUCUCCUUCUCCACCAGCUCCCUGGCAGGUCUCAAGCGCAAGGACGUCCACGUGGCAUCCUCCCACUCCCCCACCGCCGCAGCUCCAGCAAACAUAUCAGGGUCGCCUUCCUCCUCCACACGCAGACCCAGCAAACGUCUGCAGAAACGAGCCAAGCCCCCAGUACCCCAGAAGACGGCGGACACCCCCUUCGACGCAGCCACCCAGCAUCUUCGAGACUCGGGGAUGUUCCGUUUUAUAGGCAAAAUAGAUUUGCAUUUUGUCGCCAACACUCUCUUCAAGGUAGCCGCCCGACUGCAAGACACAGGUACCAGCGAACUCCUGCACGCCCUCGCAACCAUUCAGAACGAGCUCCUCCUUCGUCAAGCUUCGGAACAAGCCACGACUACCAUGCGGGAUGUUGCCAAAGAGAUCUCAGGGAACCUCGUCAAAAAGUUAGAGGAUCUCUCUGCGAAUACCCUUACCACAAUCAAACAAGGAGUACUUAAGGCAAGUCGGGAACUGGACAAAAGCACUGACAUCCUCAAGGUUACCGCUGGAAACCUAAAAGCCACGACGGAACGUGCUCCCAAGUCGUUCGCCAAUGUGGUCGCCACCGACUCCCCCCCACCCCCACCCCCACAUCGGACACUCCUCCAACCCUCCACCCAAGCCAGGCUGGAACGAGACCGCAGGCGCAUCCUGGUGGACCCACCCGCAGGCAAGACUCUCCUCUACCCCGCCACAGUGGGGACCAUUAGGAUCGCCAAAGAAGCCACUGAGGCACUUCACCGAGUUGGAGGCAAGCCCGCCUGGGCCUUCGUCGGCUGUACCAAGCUCAAAAAAGGUGGGAUACUCCUGGAGGCUAACCUUGCAGCUGCCAAAGAAUGGAUCACCGCGGAGGGGCGCCUCGGUGACUUCGUCGCUGCCUUCAGCCCAGGAUCCACCGUUAAAGAAAAGAAAUACACUGUCAAGGCUCUCUACCUCCCGGUGGAACACUGCAUUGAUGACGAGGAAACCUGCUGA